AGCUGUCAAAUUUUUGACAAACCGCUCAAGCGCUCAAUAGCAGAAGAUACCAAAAUACAAAAUGUUAUUGUUGUGCGAAAUAUUGAAAAUUAACAAAUAACGCAUAAAAUGUAAACAACUUUUCUAACUUUUAAGUUUAUUUAAAAUGACCAGCUUAUACUUCGACAUAAAUGAAAAUCAGUGGCCACUCAUUUACGACGAAAAGUACAAUGUGUCCGUGUGCGGUCUAGAGAAAUUUCACGUUUUUGACGCCAAGAAAUGGCGUAAUAUUAUUCAAUAUCUAAAAGAUGCAGAAUUCAUUACUGAUGAGUGCUUGGUGAAACCUAACGAAGCCCAGAAAAGAGAUUUGAGACGAGUUCAUACAAAACGAUACUUAAAUUCAUUAAAAUGGAGCAUGAGGGUGGCCAUUAUAGCAGAGGUGCCCAUGGUUGCGUUGUUGCCGAAUAUAUGUGUCCAGUAUGCGUAUUUAAGGCCUAUGAGACUUCAGACCGGUGGCUCAGUAUUGGCUGGGAAGCUGGCGCUCGAGCGCGGCUGGGCGGUGAACGUGGGCGGGGGCUUCCACCACUGCAGCGGCGACCGCGGCGGCGGCUUCUGUCCCUACGCGGACAUCACGCUGCUCAUCCGCUUCCUGCUGGACAGCGAGCUGAUACAGAACGCCAUGAUCGUCGACCUGGACGCACAUCAGGGUAACGGAUACCAGCACGACUUCCUAGGCGUGCCAGAGGUGUACAUAAUGGACAUGUACAACAAGCACAUUUACCCUAGAGACCGUGAGGCCAAGCAAGCGAUUCGCCGCAAGGUCGAGCUCGGCCAUCGCGUUGAAGAUCUUGAGUAUAUGCUGAAACUGAGGCAGAAUCUAAAAGCGGCGUUAAAGGAGUUCACACCCGACAUUCUGGUUUACAACGCCGGCACAGACAUACUCGACUCGGACCCUCUCGGCAAUUUGAGGAUUAGCAGUGUGGGUAUAAUAAAACGGGACGAGUUCGUGUUCGAAAUGUGCAGAUCCCACAAGAUCCCAAUAGUGAUGCUCACAAGCGGUGGUUACCUCAGGAAAACCGCCAGGAUCAUCGCUGACUCCAUCAUGAACUUGCACAGAAAAGGACUGAUCACUGGUAACUGCCCAGUUGCUGAAGAUGAUUAGUAGGGCUGGAAGUUCAGUGCAGGGCGCCACUUAAGGCUCAGAUAGACUGCUGACAUCUAAGGCAGUGUUGGCCGAACGUUAAUUGCAAUUACCAAACCAAAAACAAGCGGGCAUCUCGCUCGUUUUUGCCCAAGACGCGCAAGUUGUGGAAUGAGCUACCUUCAGAGGUGUUUCCCUUGCGCUAUGACAUGGGGUUCUUCAAGAAACAGGUAUUUAGGGUUCUCAAAGGUGGGCAACGCAUAAAAGUGGCUCCUCUGGUGUUGCUUAUGUCCAUGGGCGGCGAUGACUGCUUCCCAUCAGGCGGCUCGUCUGCUAGUUUGCUUCCUAUUACAUAAAAAAAAAAACCGUUAACCAUUACAAAUUGAACCGUAAACCGUAACGGACGGUUACAGUUUACGGUUCAAUUUUGUAUUGGUUAAUGGUUAAUUGCAUUAACGUUUCGGCCAACACUGAGAGGUAAAACUAGAGUUGUGCCGUUCUCGAGAACGUUCUCCGUUUUGUACGAGAAACGUUUUCGUUCGUGAACAUUUUCAAUAGUAAACGAAUAACGGUCUCGACAAAGCCACAACUCUAGGUAAAACCAAUCCGAUCGAAAUGUUAGCCCCCUUUUAAGUUGGGCGUCCGCUAGCUGCGGUUGCACGGAGCGGGGUUAAACCAUAAUAAUAUCAGAUAAAUAUAACUCUGUAAUAGAUGGAUACAGUCUAAGGAAAAAACGUGCCUCGAAAAUCAAGAAAAUUUGAUUCUCGAUCAGAUGGCGCCACUACCUUUAGCCUACUCUCGUAUAUAUGGCGUUGACGGUUUCGUUUGUUAUUUAACAAUUUUAACGCAUAUCAGUGAAAGGACAUGGGUCAAAAUCAUAUAAAAAUAAUUAAGGCAAAUAAAAACAAAUCAUUUAUCCAUAUAUAUUUAAAUACAUUUUUCGAUAUUUUUAGUUUUGUGUGUCGAUAGAUGGCAGUGAAUUUACUGUGGCACAAAAUUUACUAUGACAGUACCGCUCCAUCCUAUUAUAUUAUAUCCUCUUUGACAAAAGUAAGUCGGUCGGAGUCACGAGCGUGCACACUCGGAGUGCACGUUCCCUAGCCCUCGGGUUAAACCAUAAUAAUAUUAUGCACACGACGUUAUAGAGUUAGGAUCUCGAAUUGUCGCCGCAGAUUUUAAGCGAGAAAAAGAUAUCGUGACUAGGUAUGUCUGGUAACUGCUUGUGGUUGCGUCUUGGAUUUUGAUGUUUAGUAAGAAAAGGAUGUAUAGUCCUACAAGAAAUUGUAGAAAAUGAUUGAGGGCGCCACGUCCUACGUAACUGUCACAUUUUUGACGUAAAAUGCUUAAACAUGGCAACAAUUUAGUAUGGCAAUUUGUUAGUUCCAUUUUAUUUAAUUUCUACUAUUUUAUGUCUCACCAUAAAAACCAACAGAAUAUAUUGCAACAUUUUUGAAAAUCAUUAAAAAACACUGAAUGCUUGCAUUAAAUCUAGUUCAACCAAUAAUUUGUUCACUAGAUAGUUAUUUUGCGUAUGGUUGUAAGAGUUUACUUAUCUUAUUCUGACAGAAAUAAUGUGUAUAAAAAGCUUAAAAUAUAUACGAUAUCUUCGUCUCUUGGUUCGCUCCCUCAUUGUAAGAACCCAUACUUAUGAAGUUAUGAAAUUUUAAUAACAAAACUUCCGUGAGACACAGACAUAUUAAAUAUAUUAAUAACGGGUCACUCACGUGUUUUAAGUCGAAACCGCUCGACAUGUUUC